AACAAACAGUUUUGUAUUGACUUUUUUAUAUUACAUUUACAUAAAAAUAUAUUUACCCUUACGGAAAGCCUAACGGAAACGAUAGAUAGACAGACAGUGUAACCGACAAUUAAAAAACAGACAAUAAUGACAUCAAUGACCAGUAGAUUACCGCCGAUGACGACGACGACGACGAUGAAGACAAAUAAGGAUUCGUUCGAUCGGUUCGGCGACGACUUGACGGGUCUAUUGUUAGCUAAGUUGCCGACACUCGCGGACCGUAUGCGCUUGGAAUGUGUUUGCCGUCAAUGGCAACGAUUGGUUUACAACGGACAACGGGAACUGAUUAUCGACAAACAAUUUGUGGAUAAAUGGUUGGGUAUAGCGGGUACUGUUUGGCCACAAUAUUAUUGGCACAUUAGGCGCCGAUCAGCCGAUAGGCGGCGCAAAAAAUAUUUGGACUACAAGUCGCGGUUGUUAGCCGUUACCAAAAAGUUGUUGCGCUUACGGGCCAUUAAACUGGUCAACGAUGAUAUCGACCAGAUUAUGACAUUAUUGGUCAAUAGCUACUACAUCAACACCACUACCGACGGCAACCGUGGCCUCAAUAAUAUCAAGUCAUUGGAAAUACAUUCGCCAUAUCUGAACAGUCAAACAGAUCUCCAAAGUCUGAUCGUGAAAAUCGGCAAAUUUCGCCAACUAAGACAUCUGGCCAUUGAUUUAUCGUAUAGUUUGACAACCAUUUUGACUGAUGAUAUGCUCAAAACUUUGGCCGACAAUUGUCCAGCAAUCCGGUCGCUAACCGUUCGGGUCUAUUGUUCGCAGCAAUCGAUAGCUGAGAAUCUGCUCGAGUCGGGUGUCCAACAGUUCCCGCUGUUAGAGAGACUACAGUUAGGUAUUUAUAUGAUUAACACCGAUCAGCCACUGUCGGUAAAAUCAUUGGCCAACGACAACAAUAACAACAACUGUCCCCGACUUAAGCACCUGUCGCUCGAGUGUUCCCUCGAUAUGGACUUUACGGAUAUCGAUCUGAUUAAUCGGCAAUUAAUACGACCGGCCAGUGUCCGCAAAGUUGAUUGCGAUCAUAUAUUUCUAGUAUUAUAA